GGGGCCGGGUGCCUGCUCCGAGCUCUGCGCUCCUGUUCUUCCGCUCCCUGCCCGAGACACAAACCUUCAGCCAAACUGAGCGUGCGGGACGCUCUCCGGGCUCAGAACACGAGUGGGGAGCGCGUUAAGGUCCAGGUUGGUGUAUGGGGAAGGGAGUGGUUUUGUUUUUGGUGACUUACCCGGCACAUACACAUGUAGAUUUGCCUUGCACUGUCGAAUCAGACAGAACGACCACCAGGGAAAGUUAGGCAUAGCUUGCGUCCUCCCUUUCCUUCUCUUCCUGGGUAGUUUUCAGAAUACCUUUCCAUGACAGUAAAGUGCUGGGGCUCUGCCUUUCAUGAUACGAGGGCACUACUUGGAUGGAUUCGUUCAGUCCGGUCCCAGAAGGAAGUCUUGUUCCUGCAUGUAAAUGAUGGGUCAUCUUUGGAAAGCCUUCAGGUUGUUGCAGAUUCAAGCUUUGACAGUAGAGAACUGGCUUUUGGGAGCUCUGUGGAAGUUCAAGGGCAGCUGGUAAAAAGUCCUUCCAAAAGACAAAAUGUGGAACUGAAAGCAGAAAAAAUUGAAGUUGUUGGAAAUUGUGAUGUUAAGACUUUCCCUUUUAAAUAUAAAGAGAGGCAUCCUCUGGAAUAUAUGAGACAGUAUCCUCACCUUAGGUGUAGGACUAAUGUUCUGGGUUCUAUAUUGAGGGUUCGCAGUGAAGCCACAGCUGCCAUUCAUUCUUUCUUUAAGGACAAUGGCUUUGUGCACAUUCAUACCCCAAUAAUAACAUCCAAUGACUGUGAGGGGGCUGGAGAACUUUUUCAAGUUGAACCUUCAAGCAAAAUGAAGGUAUCUGAGGAGAAUUUCUUCAAUGUUCCUGCUUUCUUAACUGUCUCAGGACAACUUCAUCUAGAAGUGAUGUCAGGAGCUUUUACUCAAGUGUUUACCUUUGGUCCAACUUUCCGAGCUGAAAAUUCUCAGAGCCGGAGACACCUGGCAGAGUUUUAUAUGGUAGAAGCAGAAAUUUCUUUUGUUGAGAGCCUUCAAGAUCUCAUGCAGGUUAUGGAGGGGCUCUUCAAGACUACCUUAAUGAUGGUUCUGUCAAAUUGUCCUGAAGAUGUUGAACUCUGUCAUAAAUUCAUAGCUCCUGGCCAAAAGGAUAGAUUAGAACAUAUGCUGAAAAACAACUUUUUAAUCAUGUCUUAUACUGAAGCUGUGGAAAUCUUAAAGAAGGCAUCCCAGAACUUCACCUUCACCCCAGAGUGGGGUGCUGAUCUACACACUGAACACGAAAAGUACCUGGUGAAGCACUGUGGCAACAUACCAGUCUUUGUCAUUAAUUAUCCAUUAGUGCUUAAGCCUUUCUACAUGAGGGAUAAUGAAGACAGCCCUCAGCACACAGUUGCUGCUGUUGAUCUCCUAGUCCCUGGAGUUGGGGAGCUCUUUGGAGGAAGCCUCAGAGAGGAACGGUACCAUUUCUUAGAGCAGCAACUGGCUAGAUUAGGACUGACAGAAGCCUACCAAUGGUAUCUGGACCUUCGUCGAUUUGGAUCUGUGCCACAUGGAGGUUUUGGGAUGGGAUUUGAACGCUACCUGCAGUGCAUCUUGGGAGUUGACAAUAUCAAAGAUGUUAUCCCUUUUCCAAGGUUUACUCAUUCGUGUCUUUUAUAGCUGGAAGAUUGGUUAACAACAGUCACCCUGUGGCAGAGACACUGCACAUGGAUAUGCAUGCAGGAGAUUGCAUGUUUGGAUUUUAGAAAUGCAGACAUUUUCAAUGUGUAACUGUCUUACCAUAAAGUAUAGUGUCUUAGGCUGGGUUCUCUAGAGACGCAAAUCCAGUAAAGAGUAUAAAUAUAUAUAUAGAUUUAUAUCAAGGAAACGGCUCAUGGGAUUGUAGUGGCUGGAACGUCCCAA